UAAAUUUAGUAAUGGGGUCUUUCCUACAUUCCGUUAUAUGACCAAGUAAUAUACAUAACAAUAAGGCGUUGAGAAAUCAUUUGAAAUGGCGACAGACAAUAUUUCUACAGGACUGCUUAAAUUAUUUUCGACAUUCAGUUUUCAAUGUGGAGAUACAGCCUGCACAUGGCCUACAGAAAUAUGUAACAGAGAUCGUGAACCAUUUGCUGUUUGUAAGGGAGCGUCACCUAUGACUUAUCUUCAAUCUAAUUUUGAUAAAAAUUUCAAAAGCCUAUGCAGGAAUUUUACAGAGGAGAUUCAACCAAAUAAUAGUAAUUCCUAUGCAUACUUAUUAUAUGGAAGUAUCACACUAAAUAUUAUCUUGUUAUUACUUGCCCUGUGUUUAAUUGUUCGUCUUGUACGAAUGAAUCGACAAAAACACCGAACUUCGAAUGAUCUAGAAAGUGAAAAUCAAGUGAAAAAGCAUGGAAACACUAGAACUACGUAUCUAAACGAUGAAGAAAAGACUUGGAAUAAUGUGCAUCCAGUGGAAGACAGUGGGAAAUUGCUUCUGAGCAACAGUCAUAACAGUUAUGAUGUAGAAAGUCAACUGUGUACAUGUUGUCUCUCAGUUACCUCUACUAGCACUGAACCAAAGAGUGUAUAACAUAUUGCUCAAAGGGACUUUUUAACGUCCCGCUAUUUUACCGGUGUAAUUUUGAGACAUUUGAGAACAAAUAAGCAUAUGAGAAAUUAUAAAUACAAUAGUUGACUUUAUAUGUGUUCAGUGAGGUCGUGUGUUAUGUUGUUUUUUUGAAGGAUGAGACAAGUUUUUGUAAUCUAUUCUUUGGAAAAGAUUACUGUGUUGCCAUUGAAAAACUUAUAAGCUAUAAUAACACAAUUGCUUUGAACUGUAUACGUACUACAUGGUAAACAUAAUUGUCUGUUCCUGUUGCAGGGUUAUUUUUUAAUAAAGAGAUAAUGUUAAGUUUUAAAA